AAAUAAACGCACAACUCUGAUUGCUGUACAUUCCCUACAUUAUUCAUUUAUUCUCCGACGAACAAGUACAGUUCUAGUGAUGUUUAAAAUAUCGAUAUUGAUUAAUAUAAUCGGUGUUAUAUCAGGUUCUUAUUUGGAGGCUGAAUCGAACUAUAGAAAACCAAAGUUAGAAAGAAAUAACAUUGUUAAUAAAGGUCUUUGGGUAAGAAAUGUAGAGAAAAGGCCCACAGGUGGGGCGUUUAUAUUUCGAGCAAAUUCUCUUGAUGUUGAUACCUUGCUGCAGGGCAACAAUGACGUGUUUAGCGAAAAUAGCCCAUUUAUAUCGAGUUAUGUUGAAAGGAACAAGAGGUCGGCAUAUCGUAAACAAAGGCAGCCUUUUAGAGAAAGUAUGAAAAAAUGUUCGGGCGCAACGGAAUGCACAACAGACGAUGUUUUAAUCCAAUCAAAUUUGAUCAAUAAAUUAAAACCAGCUUUCUUCAAUGAUUUUCCUUAUGAUUUUGCUAUUGUAAUAAGCGAUGUUCCGCCUAAUGCGGAUAUCAAUAAUAUGUCAAAACGAAAAACCGAAGAACAAGCUCCAUUAAUAAAUCAAUCGAAUACAAGUACAGUAGGAGCAAAUAUUGAAGUAAAUAAGACAAUUAAUCAGAAAAGAAGUAUGUCUAAUUUCUAUGACUUUCAAGAUGUCAAGAAAGUUGAAAUAACUGAAACCUUAAAUGAUACUGAUGACGGCGAUAGUAAAAUAGAUCGCAGUGUGUUUGAUAAAGAAAAAGAUAUUGUUUGGCAUCAAACUGCUCCUGUGAAUGUGUAUCAAGUUUUACCAAAAAAUAAAGAAAUUAAAGACAGGCCUAUAUCGGAACGAGGCAUAAUGAAAGUGCUAUCUAUGUUAACAAAAACGUUUAAAAAGAUUAUGAAACAACAUAAUGAAAUUAAAAAUAUACAUAGGCGUUUGGAGAGCUUAAAUGGUGAAGUUGAGAAAAAGAUCGAUGAUUUUAACAAAAAAUUCGUAGGCAUUGACAGCAAAUACGAUGAGAUAUUAAAAGUAAAUUUAGAACUAAUAAAAUUGGAAGAAAAGCUUAAGUCUGAAGAACAACACUUCAAUGACAGAGAUAGAGGAUUUUCUAAAAAUUUAUUAGAUUUUGAAAAUCAACAAAGAAAGUUUUUGGCUCAACAAAAACAGUUUUACGGCGUACAAAAGAUAAUGUUAGAGGCAAAUGAGAAAAUUAAUCUAAAACAAAAUAUCAUUACUAAAACCCAAAGUGAGAUAUCGCAGAAACAAAACAAUUUUUGGCGUUUAUUAAAGAAAAUGCAAUUAACCAAUGCAAAUACAAAGCCACACGGUAUGUUAAAUAUAGGAAUUACUAAACCUAUAUUUAAAAAACAAAAUAAAACUUCAAUCGUUACCACAACACAAAAAGCAGUCGCUACAGAAUCUGUUAAAAUAAAUCUACUCUCUAUACCAGAAAAAACACCUUUACAAAACCAUGAUAAACUUAUCCUUGACGACAAAGAUAAACAAAAUAUAGAUGACUUAAUAUACAAAUACUAUUUCAAUAAUACAUUCAUCGAUAAUGUUAUGAAAAGUAAGAUUCUAGCUAGUUUUGCUGCCGAGAAAAGAGCUAUAAAAAAGAAGAAUAAAAGAAAUAAUAUUAUUGAUAAGAAAACUACGAUUCUUCUACCAGUAGAUAGCAUUUCUGGUAAGGAUUUGAUCAAUAAACACGCUCAGAGAGAUAAACGAUGGAUUAGAUAUUUAAAAAGUAAUAACGGGCGAAAAAAUAUAAUGAUGCCCACCACGAAGGCUCCAAUACAAACUACUAUCGAUGUACAAGGCUCUAAACUUAAUAAAUUAAAUCCUUUUAUCAUCAUGGCUACUAGUUUUUGCAAUGAAAUCGGCCAAAAUGGAAGCACGCAAAUUUUAAGUUGGUGUAUAGAAAAGGCUUUGAGGCGUCUUCAAAUCAUGAAUUUAAAAUUUGAGGAGCAGUUGAAUCCAGCUACAGAGGUGAAUAAAGGGGUGACACAAGUAGACAAAGUUCACAUUUUUACGACAACGAAGGAGAAAUCUACUCAGUCCAAUACAGUAGCGCCAGUAGAACAAACUACUCAACAAACACAAAGUUCACUAGCGACAAAAUCAUCCAUAGUCAUGUAUUUUCCGGAUAACGAAGAGCUGGAGUCUAAUCUGAAACAAUAUGAGCUCGUGCAGGACAAUGAGGGAACGGUUUACUUCGACGGGAGUCUUCACUCUAGUGACAUCGCACGAAUUAGCAAUCCUGAUAUUGACAGCGAGGGCUUCUCAGACAUAAUGCCAGGCUUGGACAGCAACUCAAAAGUAGAAUUGGACCCGCGUGCCUUAGACCUGCAAGCCCUGAGGCGGGCUAACGUUAGGCGGAUUAACGAGAGAAUCAUUAACAUGAAAAUGGUUUGAAGUCUAAAGAUUAGGCUAGGAUAUUAUAAAACUUUAAUUUCAAGAACAAUAAAACUACGAAAUAAAUUAUAAUAAUAGA